AUGUCCGACAACUCGACCACUGGUCAGCGGAAUUAUACUAGAGCUGACCUGGAAGCCGUCAACGAUGCACGAGCUAGGGAACAGAUUCCAGUGAUGACCAUUCUAGCAAUAAUGAUGUUGGUGGGUAUCGUGGGCAACGGUCUGGUGUGUUAUGUCUUCUGUUGUCGGCUUAAGACUGGGACUCAGAACUUUCUGAUUGUGUGCCUGGCCGUGCUGGAUCUGCUCAACUGUAUCAUCUGCAUGCCCACUGAGAUCGCCAUUAUAAGGUUCUAUUACAUCUUGGAGUCUGUAGGCACAUGCAAGAUAAUGAGGUUCAUGAACACGUUCUGUGCCCUCGGCUCCGCCUUCACCUUGGUGGUUAUCGCUGUCGACCGCUACAGGAAGAUCUGCAGACCGCUUCAUGGACAACUACAGAUGGUCCACGUCCGCCUGUCGCUGAUCCCAGUGUUUGGUGGCGCUCUGCUCUUUAGCUGGCCGGCGUUGAUUAUGUACGGGCUCCAAACUACAAAAACCGACAUUCCCGGACUCUUUGGUCAAAGCUGCUUAACUCUAGACAACUUGAGAGAGACCGUGUUCCCGCUUCUGUAUACCUUCAUCGUGUUCCUUGUUUGCAUCGUUCUGACAAUCACCAUUGUGGUUAUCUACACGCUGGUGCUAAGAGAGACAAAGCGACACAGCCGGUACAUCAAAAAAAAUUCUGAUUUCAACAUUCCAUCCUCGGGCUUUUACAACUCAGAAGAAUUGUACUCAAGUGGAGAGGCCAACCCAGUAGACCCCAGGCCUGCUGGUCCUCACAAUUCUGCUGAGACAACAGGACCAACAGUUCAGAUCGAGCCUGGUCCUGUUUCACCUUUAGCCAAAAUAACGCAAACUCCAGCAGUGUACCCACAGCUUAUAAAAGUAACAGCGUUAUUAGAGUCAGCUAGCAAUGAACCAGAAAUGUGGGAUUCACAGUCACAACCAACCUUGACCGGUGCACUAACUGGUUGUGAUGACACAAACAACACACCACUCUACUUCCCACAUUCAGCUUUACCAUCGACAUCAGAUGACAUCCAGUUAGCGCCCAACUCUUCCCCCAUCAUCAAACCAUCUAGUUUAGUUCAGGGAAACAGUAUAAAAAUACGGAGACAGCUCAAAAGUAAGACUACGGUGAUUGCCUUCACAGUGACUGUGGUGUUUAUCCUCAGUUUUCUUCCCCAUCUGUGUCUUCAAGUGACCAUAUUUCUAGUGAAAGGGUACGACUCCCACCUCGAGGGUUCGGCGUUAGUGGCCAUCACCUUUUUCCUCCGGUCCCGCUUCAUCAACGCAAUCUCUAAUCCUUUCAUUUAUGGAGCUCUUAAUGUUCACUUCAGUCGAGAAGUCAAAGAUUUGAUCAAGAAAAUAAUUACCAAGUCCUGA